AUGGCAGCAGUAUAUCCAGCAAUGACUAGUGAUGGCGUGGUUACCUCCUUUAUUCCUCUGACGGCUUUAUUCACACCAUCGGCUAGAUGUAGCGAUUAUUUUCGACUUAAUGGACCAAGCCUUGUGGCAUUCGAUCCUGGAUAUGGGUUAGAUAUCGAUACUGCCGUACGUUGCGUACCUUCGGCUGUAACGACGUGGUGGGAACAAGGUCGGUUGGGGGCUAACGACGAAGGUCAUACUGCUAUCAGCCUGGGGCCGUUAGUAUGUCCUUACGAAUGGCGGACAGUGGCCACCUCGGUCGAGAAUGAAUCCAAAACACUUGCUAUGUGUUGUCCCUCAGGAUACUAUCUGGGGAACGGUAUCCCGGGCUCUGUCGUUGGAGACUGUAUGUCAGAUGUAUCGGAGGGUAUGCUGUUGACUUAUGCGUCAACAUCAACAGCCAACUCGGAUGUUUGGCACACAGAGACAACAAGCCUCACGGAAAGCUCUACAGUGGGUGCCAUUGCUAUUGUAGGCUGGAAUAUUCAAUCAUCAACGCCGACGCCAACACCAACACCCACGUCCACGGCUAUUUCCACGGCUAUGUUGAGCCCUGCUGUAAUCCUCUCUAGCCCUACGUUUACUUCCAAUUUCAUUCCUACAUCUCCUUCCCAAGGAAGCACCUCAUCACCGAGCCCCUCAUUAUCCUCGAAGAAUUCUUCUCAGAUCAGUCCGGGGGUAGCCACUGGUAUUGGAGUAGGAGUUGGAUUGGGUGUCAUUGGGAUGGCCGCACUGUUGGUUACACUCUACCUGAUGCGAAGGCGGAAAAAGAACCGUGCGGAAGCGACACAAAUUGACGAUCAAGGCCAUGGCACAACGCUUACACAACAGAUCGCAACCCCCGCUAAGCACGAGUUACACGACCCACAAUCUGGGCGCCAUGAGCUGCAAGGGAUGGUUUAUCAUCUCGGCCAAUACCAAGGGUCUCUGCCUAUAGCGGAACUUCACGAGUGA